CUCCAAGAGCAGAAGGAGGAGGAAGAGAGACAGAUAAGGACGCUCACAGAGCCACAUAGAGAGGAAGCAGCAUCUGUCCAGGCAGCAGAGGCGAGAUGAUGCGUCCGGGAGUUAAGCAGUAUGUGGUGACCAGACCACUGUACUCGGAGGAGUCCUUCGCUCAGGAACAUGAAAAGGUCUACAGGCACCGCAAAACCACGCUGGAUCACAUCAAGCAGUACUUUACAUGUGACGCUAAGCGAGCCAAGAACGCAGCGCUCUCUCUUUUUCCUGUCAUCGGCUGGAUGAAAAUGUACCGACUCAAAGAGUGGCUGCUCAGUGACAUAGUGUCAGGUGUCAGCACUGGACUGGUGGCCGUUCUACAAGGUAUGGCCUACUGUUUGUUGGCCUCUCUGCCACCCUGGUAUGGACUGUUCUCCGCCUUCUUCCCUGUCAUCAGCUACUUCUUCCUAGGCACCUCCAGACACAUCUCAGUGGGUCCAUUUCCAGUCCUGUGUCUGAUGAUUGGCUCAGUGGUCACCAGGCUGGUCCCAGACGAAGGGCCAGUCGCCAACAUCACAGGGUUUGAAGGUCUGAGCAAAGAUGAGCAGAGAGUGUUGGUGGCCUCUUCUGUGUCCUUCCUUGCGGGUAUCAUGCAGCUUGCGAUGGGUGUUCUGCAGGUGGGCUUCAUUGUCAUGUACCUUUCCGACACGCUGGUGUCGGGCUUCACCACAGCAGCCGCGAUCCACAUCCUGGUGUCGCAGCUCAAGUUUGUGUUGGGGCUGGAAGUACGAGGUAUCAGUGGGCCGCUGUCAAUCAUAUAUACCUUGGAGAUCAUCUUCAACAAGAUCACCUCCACCAAUGUCUGUGAUGUGCUGAUCUCCCUGGUGAUCAUGGUGGUGGUGUUCAUCGUAAAGGAGCUAAAUGACAGAUUCAGAUCCAAGUUGCCUGUGCCCAUCCCCAUAGAGGUUAUCAUGACUGUUAUUGCCUGUGGAGUUUCAUAUGCAUUUGACUUUAAGACGCGAUAUGGCAUUGAAGUCGUUGGGUAUAUUCCAAAAGGGUACGAGGCGCCGAUGGCCCCAAACCUGCAGAUCUUCCAAGAGACAGCAGUAGAAGCCUUUCCUAUGGCCAUAGUGGGUUUUGCAGUGGCUUUCUCUGUGGCCAAAGUUUAUUCUGUGAAACACGAUUACACCAUAGAUGGAAAUCAGGAACUGAUAGCCUUUGGAGUGAGCAAUAUCUUUGGAGCUUCCUUCAAGUCUUUUGCAGCAAGUACAGCUCUUUCUAGGAGCGCGGUUCAGGAGAGCACAGGUGGCAAAACUCAGAUUGCUGGUUUGCUUUCAGCUAUCAUAGUGAUGAUUGUCACACUGGCUGUUGGAUUCCUGCUGGAGCCCCUACCAAAAUCGGUGCUGGGCGCCGUAGUCAUCGUCAACCUGAAGGGCAUGCUGAUGCAGUUCAGCGAGAUCCCGUACCUGUGGCACAGGGACAGACCAGACUGUGUGGUAUGGCUGGGUACCUGCAUUGCUUCUAUCUUGCUGGGACUGGAUCUAGGACUGGCUGCCGGCCUUGGUGUGGAGCUGAUCUGUGUCGUCCUCAGGGUUCAGUUCCCUCGCUGCAGUCUGCUGGCCAACAUUAAGGGAACUGAUAUCUACAAAGACCAAAAGGACUACAUGGAUAUAUACGAGCUGGAGGGAGUGAAGAUCUUCAGGAUUCCAUCACCAAUCUUUUUCGCCAAUAUUGAGUUCUUCAGAACCAAGCUGGUGGAAGCUGUCGGGUUUAACCCAUUGCGAGUGUUGAGAAAGAGAAAUAAAGCAGUGAGGAUGAUACGGAAACUUCUGAAGAAGGGCAGAUUGCAGUGGACAUCUAACGGCUUCCUGAAUACCUCAUGUGGACCCAUACAUGAAUCAGAAGAUGAGAGCAACAUGGAAGAGCUAGACCAGCCGACUGACUUCAAAGACUUUCCUGUCCAGAUUGACUGGAACGGCGAGCUUCCAGCCAACAUUAUUGUUCCUAGCGUGGAAAUCCACAGCCUGAUCCUGGACUUUGCCGCUGUCUCCUUCUUAGACAUCUCUGCGCUGAAGGGACUCAAAACAUUGCUGAAAGAGCUGAUCCGGGUUGAUGUCGAGGUCUACAUCGUAGCUUGUGAUUCUUACAUCCUGGAGAAACUCCAUGAUUGUUGCUUCUUUGAUGAUGAAGUUCAGCCCUCAAUGUUCUACCUGACACUGCAUGACGCCAUGCUGAACAUCCUGGAGAAACACCCAGAACCUAUGCAAAAAAAAUCAGACUAUGAAAAGGUAAUAACCACAGUCACUGUUCAUCAUCCCCUUGGCAGUUUGAGGAGCAGAGACAAAAAUGAUUCAGGCCCACAAACAAAGUUUUAAGAUGAUGACCAAGAAGAGCAAAGACCAAAAGCAAAAUGAUGCUGUAAAGCAACCCACACAAUGAAUAACGAUCAACUGCUUUAAUUUCAUCCUAUUUAUGUGGUUUUUACUUCAUUGCAUGAAAAUGCUUCUAUUCUAUUGUUUGUUUUUUAUACUGUAC